CAGUGUUCCCUAAACAGGAAGGGAAGAAGGUUUGAACUGAAACCCUACAGGUGGGACGGAGCACAAGACCAUCUGCCUCUCUGAACUUUCACAAGGAAUUUGUUUUGGUUGUUUGUUUUGAAAGUAAUGUAAUCCUGGAGUAAACUCCUGUUCGAGUCUGGGAUUAUGAAGGAACUGGGCUGUUCUGGAACUGGACCAGUUUUGCUGUGAAGUGAUCAGGAUUGUUUUCUCUCUCCUUUAAGGGACUGGAACAGCAGAGUCCCGCAGCAGCAGCCUGACUCCGCCCCCUCCUCUGUGAUAUGACAUCAUCCAGCGGUUGCCACAGAAACCAGGGCUCCACUGCAGACAGUUGACAGCCAGGCAGGUGCAGUGAUGGCGGCCCAGGUGGAGCUCGAGCCUGGAGUGGUGAGCGGCCGUCUGCAUUUGAGUCCUCUGACCGACUCGAGUAAUAAAACCCUCAUGGAGGACUCGUCCAUCAUCAGUUCAGGGCCCAAAAAACCAAUCCCAGGCCCCAAACCAAGACUCACCCCAAAACCUUUUGCUGUACAGACAAGUACCAAGAUACGACCCAUUCUUGCUCCCAAACCUCAGCCCAAGCCCAAACCGGAGUCAUUGUCCAAACCAGAGCUACCAAACAAACCCAAGCCAACAUCUCCAGCCCUUCAGUCAAGAACUAAACCAACUCUUGGGCUUGGCAGCAAACCAGAGGCUCCAGCGUUUAAACCAGAACUUUCUUCUCCCUCGAAUGAUCCUGGUAAACUCAAGCCGACUGAGACAGCAGGAGUGAUACGAAGAACAAGUUUGGGUCCUUCAGCAUCUCAGUCCAAGCCUACAGACUGGUCUUCUCGAUCCAAAACUGGUGGUUCCAUCACUCGGGCAAAAUCCAUGGGCUUCCUCAGUCAUGUUGGUUUAGAAGAGGACGUGGGUAAAGAGGCUGAUGAGGUUGUUCGUCGCCCUCAGGAAAAAAGAAGCUCCAGGCCAAGAGCAGUGUCGGCCAUUUUCUUGCCAGACCCCACUCCAUCUUCCACUUCCUCUCCGCAGCGGAUGGACAGGCGACCCCUUUCGACUGAUCUCACUGCCAAAUUCGAGUCCAUCACACAAAGGCAAUCUACAGCAGGCGAGAGCAAGGAGAACACUCCGGAGACACCUGCCCUGGAAGAGGGCGACUGGAGGAGAGAGAAAGACCACGUGGAUGGAGAGAGAGGCUUUUGGAAGAAGGAUGCCGAAGGGCAGGAUGGAAAGCAUUUGGAUAGAGCAGGAAGUGGUAUAAAGAGGAGGAUUAGUCUUCUCAUGGACUCGUCCUCUUCCACGUUUUCGCUUCCUGUCCCGCGAGGUGCCGAGCCUCGUUCUUCAGUGCCGCCGAUCGCAGACACUGAUGGAGUCGUCGGGGUGAAACAGCGAAUCAAAGAGCUGACCGAGGAUUUCUCCACUGCACCGACUCCACCCCAGAAGCUGCAGUUUAAGCCACAGUUUAAGCCCCGCCCUUUUCCAACAGAUAUAACAAAACGGUUUGUGUCCGAUGCAGAGAGCACGAGCUCCAGUGAGCCGAAAAGCGUCCAGGAGGGACUCGAGGAACUCGGCAAAAAGUCCAAGGACCUCCCUUCACCUGGGCACACAAAGCCACAGGAAGACCAGGACUUGCCUACUAAUGUGACCAGCAGUGUUCAGACUGUCAGAGCAUCGCUUUUUGAGAGUGGGGUAGAGAAACACAGCGUCCAGAUGAUGGAGGAUGCUAACUCCAGCUUGACGAGACCCAGACGCAGCCUUUCUCUUCGGACUAAAGGAAGCAGUUUGUUCAGUUGUCUGGACGAUGAAGAUGACCAGUCUCUGGUUAGGGCUACUUACCAGAAUUUGAUGUCUCCUUCCAGUCCAAAGCGCAUAGAUCAUGUUUUUGACAUGGUGACUGCAGUUGAAGAAAGUCGUGCAAUUAGUGAAAACAUUCCAGCUGCCCAUCUGGAAGAAAAGGCUCUAACUCUUCGAAGAUCCGAUGGAGGGGAGGGGCUGCAGCAACCUUCUUUGAAUGAUGGAAUUCCAGGAAAUGAAGAGAACAGCUUUACAGUGGGGUCCAGUAACUUGUUCAGAGACAAAGACAGACAAUCAACUGGUUCUGCGAUGGAGAAGAGUAAUACACGUUACCUCCGAGUGGGAGCGCUGCCAAAAUGGGACGAGACACACAUUGAUGGGGAAAAGGAAUUGGAAAUGGAAAAGCAAAGGGAGAUGGUGAGGAAUAUGGAGGAAGAGAUCCAGAGACAAAUGGAGAUCCACAAGGCGGCGAAAGCAAGCAUCGAAGAAGACGAGCAAGAAAAUGAGGCAGAGAUGGAAGGAGGAAAUGUUGCAGCACUCGGACAGCCGAAGGUACCAGAAACUGAGGAUCAGCAAAUGUUAAGACCAAGAACAACUUAUUUUGCUCUUACAGGUCAAGCGAACGAGAUUGUACGCCAGAGAGCAGGAAUAGAUGAGGAAGGGAUGUUCAGGAGUGAGACAAGAGGAAUAUUUGAAGACAGACUUAAGCCAGAGAUGGAAUUUGAGGACUUCUCUGUGAAAGUGGGGCGAAGGGAUUUUCGGAAUCGAGUGCCAUCAAUAAGAAGGAACCCCCCCUCUGAACCUGCCUUUAGGAAAAGUUCACCAGAAGGACUGCAAAUUGCUGAGGGUAGAGAGGCGACACCAUGGCACAGAGGACAAGAAAAAGAGGAGUAUCAGAGAGCGAUGGAGUUGGAGAGACAGAAACUAGCAGAGUAUGAAAAGAUGAAGGAGCUGGAGAGGCAGAGGGAGUUGGAGAAGGAAAGAGAGAGGCAGAGGGAGUUGGAGAAGGAAAGAGAGAGGCAGAGGGAGUUGGAGAAGGAAAGAGAGAGGCAGAGGGAGUUGGAGAAGGAAAGAGAGAGGCAGAGGGAGUUGGAGAAGGAAAGAGAGAGGCAGAGGGAGUUGGAGAAGGAGAGAGAGAGGCAGAGGGAGUUGGAGAAGGAGAGAGAGAGGCAGAGGGAGUUGGAGAAGGAGAGAGAGAGGCAGAGGGAGUUGGAGAAGGAGAGAGAGAGGCAGAGGGAGUUGGAGAAGGAGAGAGAGAGGCAGAGGGAGUUGGAGAAGGAGAGAGAGAGGCAGAGGGAGUUGGAGAAGGAGAGAGAGAGGCAGAGGCAGUUGGAGAAGGAGAGAGAGAGGCAGAGGGAGUUGGAGAAGGAGAGAGAGAGGCAGAGGGAGUUGGAGAAGGAGAGAGAGAGGCAGAGGGAGUUGGAAAGACAAAGAGAAUUGGAGAGGCUAAAGGAAAUUGAAAGACAGAAACAAUUAGAAAAGGAACGUCAAAACCAGAUUGAGUAUGAGAGGAGAAGGGCAGCCGAGAGAGAACUUGAGCAACAAAGGGAGGUUGAGCGACAACGAUAUAAAGAAUUGGAGAGAGAGAAGGAGCGAUUGCGAGAGGAGGAAAGGAUGAAGCUGAGGGAGUAUGAGAAACAGCAGGAGGAAAGGAAAAGACAGUUGGAGUUGCUUGAAAUUGAAAGACAAAAUCAAAGGGAGUUUGAAAGACAGAGAGAGCUUGAGAGGCAAAAAGAACAGGAAAGACAGAAAGAAGAGAUGAAGAGAUGGGUGCAGUCAGAGGCACAGGAAAGGGAGAAACGGAGAGAGAUUGAUGAGCUCAAGAAGAUUGAGGAAUUGGAGAGACGUCAGCUUCUUGAGUUCCAACUUCAGAAAGAGAGCAACAAGGAGAAACAAGCCACCAAGAGGCAGGAAAGAGUGGAAGGAGGACAGAGAGAGGCUGACCAAGGAAGGAGAACGCCAGAAUCUCCUCUGCGACCCAAAGUGCUGGAUCUGGAUAAUGUUUCUCUUGGGGAUCAGUUUGGUACAAGCCUGAGCAGCGAUCAAAGCCCAACACCCAGAUGGAAACAGUCUUCAAAUUGUGAUGAAGUUUACAAGCCAUCAAUUUUGGAUGUUGACUCCUUCAAGAACCAGAUGCAGCCUGGAGUUUCUGUGGAUCCCUUCGGAAUGACUGCAUUCUCAAGUUUGGACUUGGUUAAAGCCAAACCCAUGACUCCAACCAGUGGAGCCAAAUCAAUGUCUCCAAUUCAUGCUCAAGCCUUGUUGCAGAACCUCCAAAGAGAUGCACCUCCUCAGUCUCUGCUGCAGGCUCCUUUUCAAUCUGCCCUCUCAGAACAAGCAAGACCUCCCCCACCACUUCAGCCCCAGGUUCCGAACCAACCGGAGUUUCAAGCAUUUGCCAUAGAUAGACCGCAAUUCCAAAUACAAUCACAGUCUGUCAUCCCAGACUGGACCCAUGGGGAGCAUCAAUCUGACAUGUUCAGUGGAUCACAGAGGGAGGUAACUGUGGAUGAACCUUUGUGGCUGUCUUCCACAGAAAGUCACAGAAGGCCUUUUGGUGCCAGAACGUCCAGUCUGGAGCAAAUACUCCAACAGGAAGAAAGAAUUACAGGACCCAUUUUGAGCCCGACUUUAGCUCCUUUACUGACGCCAACUUUGACUCCAGUUCAGUCUCCUGGCCUCAUACCACCAAUGGCUCCUGUCCAGAUGCCUACACCCAGCACUGCAUCUUCCCCAGGUCAGAUUUUGAGCCCAGAGAGAAUAUUGAACCCAGAUGGUCAUUUUGCUGGUGGUCAGAGGGAAAACCAGACUACCUUGUCUGUACUGGCACCUGAACCAAUCUGGAGCCCAAGCUGGGCACCGGCAUCUCAGGAACCGAGCCAGAUGCACCAGACGAGCACAGGGUCUUGGGAGCAGUCACGAAUGAGGUCGAGAAGCGUUCACCAGAGACCUGCACCUGCAGAGACUUCUGUAGACGGCCCACUAGCUCGACUCAGGAGCCGCAGCACGCAUGCAGAAACAAGACAAAGCCAAGAGCAGCUCAAGCAGAGUUUACAUGGACAGGACGAGUGUAAGGACACAGACACGCUGGUGCAGGAGACGGACAGUCAGUACGGGACGUGGGACACGGGGCUGCACACGAACGACAGUCUGACCCCGGCGACCCCAUCAUCAGAUAGCAACCUUGUUCCGUCUCCACGGAAACCCUCUUUGCCUCACACUCCGGAUCGGCUGAGCCCGGCGGAGCAGGCGGAGCCUCUCAACUUCCCACAGUCUCCUACUACCCUGCUGGACUCCAGCGCUCAGCGUUCUAAAGUUCAGCUCAGUAAGAGCUGUCGCCACCGCAGAGCUCCGCCCUCUCGAGCUGCUCGUCAUAGCGCCAUCGUGUCAGAUGGCUCGGAGUUCGGAAAGAGCGAGUGGAGAUUCAGAGACACAACAGAGGAUAAACCCGACUCCGCUAAGUCACAGGAUGACGAGUCGGACGAGGAGGAGCCGACUCGAGCAGGAGACGCUCGCACCUCCUCCUCACAGCCUCAGAGAGUGUCGCUCUUCCCGGGCGUGGACCCCUCUGCGCUCAUGGCCCAGCUGAAGAAGAGAGGAGAGACAGAGAGUCAGACAGACGGCUCGUCUCCGUCCCAGCUCCCUCGCUCACCUAAAUCCCCUUUCCUGGGCCGAAGGUCGCGAGUGCUGCCCCCUGCAGGUGGUAAAGAGAACGGGGAAGAGUCGUCACCUCAGUGGCUGAAGGAACUUAAAACGAAGAAGCGAUUCAGUCAGAUCGAGAACGACAGCUAGAACGCAACAAGAUGCCUUAGAACUGGAGUAUCUGUAGCUCAACUGCAAUGACACAAGCCUUAACCUUUGACCCCGGCGUCGAUGGGAACUCUGCUGCUGCUGAUGACAUCAUCCUCCACCUCACAUUCGACUGGUGGUUUGCUUUCUCCGUGCUCCGCCCAUUGGCCGAGGUGUCACACGUGCAUGGUGCCUUUCUAGAUCUAUGACUGAUGAGAAGGUGUGUGUGUGUGUGUGUGUGUGUGUGUGUGUGUUCGUUCUUAUCCUGUGAGAGGAUUCCUUUUGCAUCGAGCCACUUUAUCUAAACCAACACUUCCUGGUUUGUGAUGUCAUCAGGAAGAACACUGUUCACGGGACCACGCGUGCGUACAACAGCGACCCAGAAACGCUCGUAUGACUGGAGGACGCUCAUUUACUCCAUCGUUCGUUUUUUUUUUUUUCCCCAUUUUUGUCCAUUUAUUGAUGAUGUUUUUACUCUCUGCUGGGUGGGGUUAGGUGUUGCACACACGUCUCUGUAGGAUGUCUUUAUUUUUUCAUUUUUUCCCUUCUUCCUUCUGUUUAUCAUAAUCCGAUGCUAAAUGGUUGCCGCACUAACUCUGACAGUAUAGAAACAAAUAUUUAGGAGUUUAAAGGAAAAAAAAACAUGUUGAAAUGUAAUCAAGAAUUGUGUAUUCAAAGGUUUUGAGAAGGCAUUCAGAAGAAAUACAGGAAUGAUUGUGUGUGUGUGUAUUUUUAAAUGCUCUUUAACCCUUCGUUUAUCCUUUUUGGUGGCGGCGUCCGGAAGAGAUUUUUUUUUCUUAUGAAAGAACAUUUUUAUGAAAUUAAAUUUCUCUGAUUUAUGCCUCUGAACACGCCCACAUUAGUCCCGAUUAUCAGUUAAACGAUACAUCACGAUCCAUACAGAGUUUUUCCUACAGACGAUCUAAACUCGACACUGACGCCGUCUUCGUGUACUGUAAUGAAUUUCAGUGCUUAUAGAUAUUUAGUUUAAUAGAAUGUCAUGAAAAUCCUGACCAUAAUCAUCACUCCUGCUUCAUCUAGAGGUGGACAAAUCAUACAUACGUUAGCUGGACAAGUAAAGCGCCUUCAUCCUGUGUUUCUUCUUUUUGGUUGCUUGGAAACCUUACAGACGCAGCGAGCGCGAGUUAAUUUGUAAGGAACGUAAUGUAGCGAAGUAUUGUGAGCGAGUUAGCUGGUUAAGUGCUUUAACUUAACAAGGACGAGUAUAUAAAGUCCUACACAGCCAAAGACUCGGAUUGUGAUUAUCACAAGUUUGUGUUUGAGCCCUUGAAAAAACGGAAAAAGUCUGUAACAGAUAUUCAGGUCUGAAUAACGUCUGUAAUUUCUCUGACGAUGUAAACAAGAAUGUUUGUUUUAUAGAUUAUAAUGUUUAGUGUGACUUUUUUUUUUUUUUAAGGUUUCCUCAAACUUGCCUUUGUCAUUCUGGAAAUAUUAUCCAUCAUCAGCACUUGAUUAGUAGAAACCGUUCUACCACACACCGUCUCUCUCUCUGUCCCCGGUCGGUGUGUGUAGUGCGGCGGGCGGUGGGAUUCAGAGCCAGCAGCUGAUGUUACUCCUCUACCGUUCUCGCUUAUCCAGCGUACAGCAGCGAAUAAAACCCUCGUAACCCAGAGACGCGUCGUCAUCUCGUCCUGAGCUAGUGAUUUGUCCACCUCUGGAACGAUUCUGGCUGAAGUCGAAGUGGUUUAUUUUACAGCUGUGUUUUUUAUAUGGAGCCUUUAUGCAAACAUUCCAUUAGGAAACAAAUGCUAGUCUUCAUCCAGGAUGGUUCAGAGUCUAAUCAUUGCAAGGUGGGUGGAGCAAACACCUAAUUGUAAUUAAGAGAAUAUCCAUAUAUAGCUGCUGUCUCUCUCUCACACACCACAGAUUAAAUCACAGCAAAGCCCCGCCCCCCCAAAAAUAAAAACUUAAGGAUGGAGUUGUAUCCAGGAAAGCAGGAUGUUUGAAUCGAGUAUAUAAAUGUUUGUUUUUUAAUUGAGAUAAUCUUCCAUUAUUAAAUCAGUGAAAACAGCUUGGUCGAUCGACUGCGUUUUUGUUUUUAACUGCACGUACAAUCGUUUAUUUUAAUCACUCUCUCGUAAACUGAAGCGAGCUGCUUGCUUUAACGACGGGCCAAAAAUGAACCCUAGUGAUGUUGCACAAUCAGAACGGACCUCUGUGUCGGACCUUGAUCUGUUUGGCUGAGCGUUAAUUUGGUGGCGUUUCGUCUCCGUCACUGUCCUCUGUGCUGUCUGUCUUUUUUUUUUUUGGGGGGGGGGGGGCUGUACAGAUAUGCGAAAGGGAAAACUUUAACUGUUCAGCUGACUUCCCCCCAUGUGACUCUCUCCAUGUCACAAUUUCCACAAAUCCGAUAACGCCUGAAGCACUUCCCCUCGGCUGAUGAACACCUGGACUGAGCGACUUCCUGCCACUUGAUGAAGUCCGUUCAGACGUGGAAAGAGUGCGAGUGUAACGUGGUGUGAGUUUUCUCCUCAUGUUUUUGUCCAUUUGUGGGAAAUUCGUCUUUGUAUUUUUUUUAUUUCACCAUGAAGCUGUAUAUCGCACGGUGUUGUUAAACCGGUGGUUCUGACUGUAAAUUCAUAAUAAAAUUUACAAUAAAUUUA